GUUGCAUAGACGUUCAGUAAUUGUUUAGAAUGUAAGCUUGCGCUAAAUUACGAUACCACUGUCAACAUUACCUUGUAAACAAGGUCAAAAACUCUCUUAUUUGGAGGACUAAAACAGUGACCUUGACAUUUUGCGGGAAAAACCAAAGACAAACCCAGGAACAGUAGAAUGACUAUGAAGGGACCUUUAAAAUUCCUGUUACUUGUGACACUUGUAGUGAUUGUUGGCUCACAUGAUGCAGUUAAAAGUGAAGAUUUUGUGGACAAAUAUGAGGUGGAUCCCAAAGGAUAUCUUAUAUUUUGUUUAUGCAUGGGUAGAUUUGGAAAUCAGGCUGAACAUUUUCUGGGUGGAUUAGCCUUUGCUAAAGCAGUAGACAGAACGCUGUUGUUGCCUCCAUGGAGAACAUAUAAAAAUGUACGUUUCACAGAUUGGUUUAGGUUAGAGUCAAUUACAGAGUACCACAGAGUUAUAGUUGCCGAGGACUUUAUGGAGAACCUUGCUGACCAAGUUUGGCCUGUCGGGAACAGAACUGGCUGCUGUUUCUCCUAUACCGUGGAUAGAACCUGUGAUCUUAAACAAGGCAAUCCAUUUGGCCCCUUUUGGGAUGGACUAGGAGUGGAUUUUGACAAAACAGAAAAUUUUAUGGUCAGCUAUUCACAACCUGAGGAAUGGAAACAAAGAUUUCCUCCUUCAAAAUACCCUGUAGUAGCUUUGAAGGGAGCACCAGCUCCAUUUCCCAUGAGACCGGAGAACUGGGAGCUACACAAAUAUUUACAAUGGUCAGAUGAUAUCAUUCAGCAAGGACAGAAAUACAUACACGAUCAUUUUCCAGGGCAGGAGUAUAUUGGCAUACACUUAAGAAAUGGAGCAGAUUGGGAAAAUGCUUGUAAGCAUGCACCUGAUCAGCCAAAGUACAUGGCAUCACCACAGUGUAUACCCCUCAACAGCGGAGGGAAGGUCACUAGCGAAAUGUGUCUCCCAUCCACACAGGAAGUUCUUAGGUUGUUGGAAAAGGUUGUUAAAGAAACAGAUGUCAAGGUCAUUUAUGUUGCUACAGAUAAAAAUCCUAUGAUAGCAGAAAUAGAGCAACAUCUUAAAGACUAUCAAGUAUCGGUAUUUCACCAGGAUCCAUGGCUACCUCAGUUAGAUCUCUAUAUUUUAGGACAAUCUGUCCACUUUAUAGGCAAUUGUGUAUCGUCAUUUACAUCAUUUGUAACACGAGAAAGGGCAGUCAGCAAUAAACCAACAUCGUUCUGGGGAUACAGCUGACCUCUCAUAAUAUGUGAUAAUUUACCAGUAUUAUACAAUAAAUUAUAUAUUUUAUAUA